CUACAUCCGCUCUGUGACUGUUGCUGUUUGGCAGCUAUGACAACGAACUUUAAAAGUUGGAUGAAUGGCCUCAGUGAAGAAGAAGAAGAAGGAGUCCUCCUCUAAAGUGCAUCACAAGUCUCUGAAAUGUACCGUACACUUGGACAUUCAAGCAAUCACAUGUCCAGGAGUCCUCCUUACUCAGAAGAAUGAUAUCUACCUCAGUGUGUGCAGCAUGGGCCAGUACAGGAAGACCCCCUGUUUGCCCCCAGUCUUCCCUUUAAAGUUCCAUUACAAAAUGGUGUUUGUCAAGACUUUUCCCGGUGUUGUUGACCCUGCUGAUGUGGCUGACCUCCUCGAAGCUGACACAACAUCUUUUGAGCUGAUUCAGUCGGUGCCUCCAGAAGGUCAGAUCCUCGCCACAAUGGAGGAAUGCACCAGAGAUUUCUUGUACCCUGGACCCAGACUGAGCUCCAGAGCUGCGGAAAGAGAAAUACUCAUGAAAAGAUCGUCCUCCUUUCAUGGAAUUUCACCUAAAGUGGAGUUUUCUACGACAUCAGUCAUAGAAGAGACCGAUGGGAGAAACAGCUGGGCUUCCUCACCUACCUGCUCUCUUUCUCCUGUGAGGCCACCUUCAACCCCAACCAGAUACAGUUCAGCAAAAAAGUCACCCACUGGACAUUUUUCACAAGCAGACAAUGUGAUCUGUGCCUCUUUGAAAGGUGGGAAGGAAAAGCUAAAUGUUGAGGAUAUAAUUACAAACUCUGCACCGUCAUCAACGACCAGAUGCGCUCCUCUUUCAUCCCCGUCUGACUGCAGUCCUCAAAAAAACAAAAAGGAGAGAAAACAACGUGUGACCGGAGUACCUCUGGAGUGUAGCUACCAGCAGCCCACAGUUUCCUCAAGGACACGAGCGCUUUCUCCUUACACCCACCGCAAGAUGUGCCAGCUUUCUGAGGACGCCAGGCAGAGACUCAGACAUCUCCAACUGGGGCCUCACCACUUUAGGAGGGAAACUGAGAGCCAGCCACCCUUUUUGGUAUCCCGCUGUAGUAAUAUCUCUGGGGUAGGAUCACCUUCUUCUUCUACACCAAAUGGCAGCAUACAUCGACGCUCUUUCAGCUUUUCAGCUGAACACACGGAUUCUUCCCUCCUUGGAAGUUACAGACCAAGAGCAGCCAGACUGGAAUCAUCUUCUGUUCGGAUCCAGUCACCUCUAGAGACACCGUCCAGACAUGAGCCCCAGAUCAAGAGCCCUGUCAGAAGUUGUGCCUCAGCUGAGUCUGAGCUGGCUGUGUCAAACUCCAGACAUCCUUUGAAUGUCGGCAGCCAUUCCCUCAGAGAACGACUUCAGACGAGUCCGUCCUACUGGGAGCAAAUCCACAGCCGAGUCCAGAGGAUCCUGAGGACGCACAAAACCAGCUGGGACCACACAGUGAGCUUUGACCUCUAACCUGAUUACAAAGUGUAAAGGUUGUAACUAUAAUAACGUAUACUGAAUAUCAUAGUGACAGUAAACUCUGCAUAGGUGUGGUUAUAACCUGUAGUGUUAUGUCUGUGUGACAGUCGCACAUGGCUCUGACGCUCCUUCACCUCUAGAUUGUAUCACUCUGAUUGGAACCAGCCCACACACAUUCAUCUUACUUUAUCUCCUCUUCAUCUUCAUUUACAUUUCAAACCUCCCUAGCACACGCUGAACUGAAAAGGCAACAAAUUUACAGGGGUUGCAUUCUGAUGUGUAGCAAAAGCACUUCCCUCCCACCCAUCAUCUGGGCUGUAUUUUAAAAUGCCCCGAUAGUGAAAACAGACUGCGACGUCGUCUAAUUUUUCUAAAGCAGUGUGUGAAAUUGGCUCGGGUAUAAAGAAGUAACAAUUGUGUGUGUGGGAAGGAGACGUAGAGGAUGUAAGCUGCAGCUGUUAAGGGCUCAUCUCUCACAACACAAAAGGGAAACGAGAAGGUAGCCAAGAGCCACCGUUGGGAGCCAGGAGCUACAAGAGACUGAGGAGAUUUAAGAAAGAGGAGGAACAAAAGUAAUCCUCAAUGAAAGAGCAGCAGACACAAAGAGAUUUAGCCUUAACCCGAAUGAAGACAUUCAGUUUCAUAAAGAAACAUCUUCACCACUGAACAUCUAAACAGUAUGUAGUGUUUUAUGCCACUAACAGAGGCCUUAACUGUGCUUCAUGUGACAGUAUUUCACGUUUUAUAGGUGAACUAAUGAAAUUAAAGUUCAUUGUGUUAUAAGGUAUAUUCACAGCUACGCACAGAUUCAUUUGCAACGACUCUAAACAUGGAAGAUGAGUUAUAUUUUACAGAAGGAAAUAUAAAUGAUCAUCUUUUCUUUUAUUGCAUUUCAAACCCUUUGACUAAAUGCACAGCAUUUUGUCAAAUUAGUUAGUCUUAAGAUUAACGAUCAAACUAAAUGUACAUUCCUUUCAUACUGACCAUUUCUGUGCAGAGACAGAGGACAAUGUUUCAUCUCCUACUCACAUUGACAUUACACUGUUGUUAAAUCUGAACAGAUUCUUAAACAACAGUCCAAUAAGCCGUGAAAAAAACAUCUUUCAACAUCAGCUGGUGAAUGUUUGUUCUCCGUCUGAAUCUGUUCUUCGAUUUAUUCAGAGAUUUGUUUUUAUUUAUCAACUUGUUUUUUUAAUAUAAGCCAUGUAUUUUUAUAAUAUUGUAACCUGAAUUUAAAGGCAUAGUUUGGUUGCUGUGGUGGUUUGGUCAGUGCACCUCCAGUUCAGAGGAGCAGAGAGAAGCAGCCAUGGACGCAGUCAGCAGCCACUUCAAAAAAAUAACUACAGCAGUUUAGAUGUACACUAUAUUUACUAUAUUACAAUAUAAUCACGUUACUUGGCUGUCAGGCUGACUUUUCCAAAAGGGGGAUGAAUCCGUUCCAUUGCUCUUUUCAAAUCUACCAGACUCCCAUUGACAAAAACAAUCAUGCCAGUUAGUCAGUUUUAUUGUGACUUUGUUGUUUUGAUGCAUUUUAAUUUAGAAAUCACACAGCGGUAGACGAGCUACUCUUGUGGUCUCAAGUUUCUGUCAGUGGAGUCUGGUAGAUUGGAAAGAGCAGUGUAACGGAUUCAGCUGUCUUUCUGAAAAGGCUGUAGGACAGCACGGUAACAUGUUUGCCAUUUCCAUUACGGUAAUCCUCCGCUUCAUGGACUCAGCUGCCAGUUUACUUAUCAACUAAUGUUUAUAUUUUGUCAUAAAAACCUGCUGCAAGACAAGCUCUCAUUUCAGACUAUGGCCAGUUCAGAGAACUUGUAGAAGAAUGAAAACAAACACAGUCACUCAAAAAUAUUUUAAUUAUCAUCUGAUGCCAUGUCCUUUUAGAGUGAGGGAUUAUUGUACAGCAAAUCUUUAAAGAAACUACAUUAUUCAGUGGAAUUGUGUUUAAGUAAUUAAUAGAAGCAUGUUCAUCAUAUUUAAUUUCCUCUUUAGAAGCCACGAU